AUGAUACCGAACGUACACGUAAAAAAGUACAUGUUGUUGAGCAUGCAGCAACGUCUGGAAGUGUUGAAGGAUAUCUACGUGGCAGGCAUGACGCCGCAGCAGGUCGGGAAGAAAUAUGGCGUCGGGACCAGAACGAUCCAACGGAUUAUACGGAAUACCGAGCAAAUUAUCGCGCUAGUUAAGAACCAGCGGGUGCUGAAGCGACGGAAAAUAACGAAGAUACAUUACGAGGACAUCGACAGAGAAUUAGUGUCGUGGCUCGCGGAGAAGAGGGUGCUUCGCUACCGCGUCACCGACGCUCUCAUAAUCGAGAAGGCAACGGAGUUGAAGCAGAACUUCCCGUCGUGCUCGGGAUUCAAAGCCAGCCGUGGCUGGUUAACAAAGUUCAAGAGACGUCACGACAUACGUUUGUUGAACAUGUACCAGGAGGAGACCGCAGACGACGAUUCGAUCGAUGCUGACGCUGCUUUUCUGGCUAAUUUCCGAAAAACAAUGGAGAAAGAGAACGUCGGUCCGGAGAAUGUUUACAACAUGGAGGUGAGCGGGCUCGUGUGGAAGGCCCUUCCGACGAGGACCGCGGCCGGUAAGAAGGGAAACAAUCUGGUCGACGCGAAACCGAGAAGGAGCAGAAUCACGAUCGGCCUGUGCGCCAAUGCGUUCGGAACGCACAAGCUCAUGCCUGUCGUGAUUUACAGAUACAACAAUCCCAGAGCCUUGAGACACUUGGCGUCGAUACCGGCGAUCUUGAAAACGCAGGAGAACUUAGAAAUGGACAGAACUGUGUUUCUAGACUGGUUCGAGAAUCAUUUCAAAACGGCCGUGAGGCAACGCCAGCAGGAGAAUCGAACCGCGGGAAAAGUGAUCUUGUUGGUGAACAAUUGCGAAGCCUAUCGAGUCUCGACGGAGGAACACGACGAUUUUAUGAUCAUGUAUUUACCGAAUAAUGCGACGUCGACUCUGCAGCAGACGCCGCUGCAAUGCAUCAUGGAGAGAACGAAGCGGGUUUUUCGUCGGAAGCUCGUGAAGCGUAUCCUGAAGUACGACAGAGCGAUCAAGGAUUUUUACGUCAACUAUCGAAUUAAACAUUGCAUCGAUAUCUUGGCGGAAUCCUGGUCGGAGAUCACGAAAGAAGAGAUUACAAAGGCGGCGAAUAAAAUGAUUAAUCCUGAUGGCAGUUGCGUUCGGUGCGAGACGAGAGAGCUCGAACCUGAUUGGCAGGGAAUGAUGAGCAGAAUCGCGGGAGAACAGGGCACCUCGGCGCGGGUUUUGCCAUUUUUAAGGUACUGCGAGCAAACGGAAAGAAAGAGCGACAAGGUUAGGGUUGAAGUAGAAACGACGGAACAUCGAGCAGGAGCGCAACAAAUAAUUAACGACGGGAGCAUGGACGAGACAACCAAGAACGAGUUACGGGUGAUUUUUGAGAGAUUGACAUUUUACAGUAUGCAAACACCGGCUAGUAUGCAAUACAUGGUGCAGGGAAUAAAAAUGUUUUUCUUGGGCACGGACAGUUAA